AUGCCCAUGAGUUGGAGUCCGGAGGCUGACGCUCGGCUCCUCAUCGCCAUUAUCAACACCACUUCGAACAUCAACUGGGACGCAGCAGCCUCUUUCCUCGGUGAAGACUGCACGGUUAGCGCCAUCAAGCACCGUGUCGCCCGCCUGAAGGAAAAGGCCGGUGUCCCCUCCACUCCUCGUACCAAGGGCGGAAAGACCAAGCGCACCACUUCCAUGAAGGCGUCUAAGGACGACCUCGCGAAGGCCAAGGCCAAGGGUGAUAAGAAGGCCAAGGCUAAUGUCAGCCUCGACGAUGACAACUCCGACGAUAUUGAGGACAGCAACGAUGGCGAAGUCAAGGAGCGACUCGAGGCUGAUUCCUCGGCCGAGUAUUAA